AUGGCCUUUGCGACCCACAAUUGCGUGGGUGAUAAGCUCAAGAUUGGACUAGGCGGGGUCUUGAGCGUAGAAGGUGGUACAAUCAGUCCGGCCGCACUGCAUGCCUACAUGCACGCCCGUCACUUGGCAAGGGUGCAAUGUAACUGCAAGGCUUCAUCACGAUCACGACGUCGCAGACUUGUCUCUGAGGCCAAUUACAGGAUAAAGAGCUUGGACGCGGUGUUCUCUCCACUCAACUCGCUCUCGGUGCCAUGA